UUUUGGUCUCCUGUUGCAGCUUAAGCAUUUCAAAUUGCACUUUAAGCAUCUCCGAUUGUAGUUGAAGCAUUUGCUGCAGUCCAGAUGUUCCGUCGCCCUGCUUAUCGAUCUUUUGCGGUAACUCUAUACUCUUUUCGGAGUUAAAUAUCUCGGUUUGUCCAAUGUUGUGAGGAGUGAGGGAUGACUCGAAAGAUGGAGGAGCCGUGUUUGAUAAUGAUAAAGGAAGAUCUUGGGAUGUUAGGUUGGUCGACUUCUCCAAGAAAGUAUAUUUGUCUUGUAGCGGCAGAGAACGCAAUUCGGCCUGCCUUCAAUACUAACCGGGAGAUGGGCCCCUGGAGACAAACGAAUGAAAAGGGAGUGAAUCUACGAACUUACUCAACUUUUUCAUCAAUGACUUCUACGUCGUUCUCUUGGAUUCUUGUCAGGGCCUGUAUGUUCGAAUUUAUCAAAAGACAAAAGGAACAAUGGAAUGAAGGCAUCAGGGUAACCAUAUCAUGCGUAAUGCUCGGCACGAACCCCCAUCCGAUUGACUUGAUCUUUGUUGGAAAUGGAGAAUGCUCUUGCAUGAAGCAUAACGAUAUCAAUGCACUACCACUAUUUUCUCUUGGAGGAUCUUUAGAGGCUUGGAAUCUAAGCUUUGGCGCUUUUCUCAUCUUGAUCAUGUUUGAGCUCAUUGACAAUGUUAUUGUCUUUGUCCCUGGCAGAACAGAGACAAUCGGAAAGAACUAUUGUUCAACUGUUCAUUUUUGCUUCCAUAAAUCUUGCUGUUUCCCAUGA